AUGCCGGAACUAUCUCCAGCCUCGUUGCAGUUACUCUGCAUUUUCGCGGCUCUCGGGGGCGACAAAGUACCCAGGUGGUUAUUUGAGGGAUUCUUGAAACCUCAGCUGCGUUGGAGUGAGGAUGGAUAUCCUGUCCGCGUCCCAUAUGACUACGAUUCGCUCGGUCCGCUCGGUGAGCUUUUCAAGACGGAAGCAUUGACUGUAUCCUUGGAAGAGCUUCGUUUGGGUUCGUGGAUCUACCUGGAUAAUUGCGAGAAUAAUUUGCAUACAACUUACUCUCUAUCUGAAGAAGCAAGAGAGUAUUCAGCACACCCUUCAAGCAUUGACGAUCUUCGGUACUGGACCUUGGUCGGCUUGCAGGUUUCUUGUCACGUGUUUCCCCGCGACCCUGCCUUGGAAGAAAACAAGCCUUAUGACCUUCCACGUUCUAUAAAGUUGGCAUUGUCAGAAGUUCUUGUCGCUAAGGCUCGACUCAGACGAGUACAAUACCCUCAGCAGGCUUUGGACGAAGCGACUCAUCUUCUUGGCGACGCUGCUCCGGAUCACAUCCAAGCAUCGAUUGCUCUACGGCGGAGUGUUAUUGCACGGCUAGAAGGGUCUUUUCAUAAGUCGGAAGAAGUGAUCCUCGAUUACAAAAAAGGAGCUCAUCCGUACAAAACGGCCAACCCGAGAUUACGGGCUCUAACCCGUCUGGUAAUGAUUUCUCAUAUUGAGAAUUUGAUCCAGCUUGAAGAUUAUGAAUCUGCCAGCAUUGAAAUCGAUGAUCUCAAUGACUGGGAGCCGAACAAAGAUGCGAUUUGGUCCCCAAUGGAGCUGUCUGUCAAUUUCAAGAAAUGGUCUACCGUUUCGAAGAUCUACCAGUCUCGGGGCAAAUUAGCCGAAGCCAGAGAUUACCUGAGCAACUGCUAUCCCUACCUUCAGUGCGAAGACUUCAGAACCGAUCCAAAUCGGUUUCAGGUCAUUUGCAGACUCUCAGAUCUUCUUUGUGCAGAUGGUUACUUCAAUGAUGCUCGUUCAAAGGUCGAACACGAGAUUCGCUUAAUACACCUCCAUGGAAACCUGCCCAAAGCCAUGAGACGUCUCGAAGUGUCUAUGUUGGAUGUGAACAUCGCAGAAGGCAAAUUCAACGAAGCUUCUACACUUGUUCUAUCGUUGCGAAAGCAAUUUUCUAGAAUUUCAUCUCCAGAUAUUAGUGAUCAGUGGCUGCAUCUUCGCUCAGUUUUCGCAUCUGCUAGUCUUUCGCAUUGCCAAUGCCGGUUUAUGGAAGCCGUCUCGGAGUGGAAGAAUCUCUUGUUACUUUUGAAGCAAUAUCCCCAAAGUUUUGAACCUGAGGGUUUCUACUUCGGCCUUGGCCACAUGUCCAUGUCCCUCGCACUCCUCCAGUUGGCGUCUUCCUCUCCGACAAAAAAAUACCCUAGAGUUCCUUCGCGGUCCUGGGACGCAGACGCCAAGCUGGCCUUCGACAUUGGAUGUACCGUUCUUGCUCGCGAAGACCUUAAUUUCUGGAUACCUAUGCUUCCCAAGAGAAUUAUUAGCGAGUAUCAGGUCUCAGCGGCCGUCGUGGACGAAAACUAG